AUGAAAUAUGAUAACAAUGAGGGUUUUAGGGAGUUCAUACUUAAGAUGGUUCAUGUCCAAACCAAACUGAUAUUCCAUAACAUUGACCUUAAUGAGAAUUUCAUUGUGUCUCAUGCCUUAAACUGCCUACCUGUUGAGUUCACUCAAAUCAAAAUUGCCUAUAAUACCUUUGGUGAGAAGUGGACCACUAAUGAUCUUAUUACCAAGUGUGUAGCUGAAGAAGAGAACCUCAAGAAGGAAAUAAGUGAUCUAGCCCUCCUGACUUUUCAUGCUAAACCCCAUUCUAGUAAGAAUUCUUGGAAAAAUAAGAAAAAAACUCAUAGUGCUUCUCAUAGAUAUCUUGAAUUUAGGAAACCAGGUAAUGGUCCACACCAUAAUAUAGGAGGUCCUAAGCAUGUUUCCUUUAAGAAAUCCUUUUGGUGUUUUUGGUGUAAGGAAAAUGGGCAUAAGAAAAUUGAUUGUCAUGCUUUUAAAGCUUGGUUAGACAGCAAGAACAAAUUUGGAGGUAAUCAUUUAGCUUUUGUCUGUUUUGAGUCUAACUUAGUUGAUGUUCCCAUUAAUUCUUGGUGGCUUUAUAGUUGUUCUACGACCCAUAUUGAUGUGUCUUUACUGAGGUUCAGAAACCAGCGGAGACCAAAUCUGAGGGAAAGAAAGCUCAGGGUAGGAAAUGGUCUUAAAGUCAUUGUGGAUCUAGUGGGAGAUAUUAGCUUAAUUUUAGGAUCUGAUUUUGAACUUGCUUUGAAAUAUACAUUUUAUGUACCUUCUUUUAGUAGGAAUUUGAUUUUAGUAUUUUGUUUGGACAAGUUUAGAUUUCAAUUUACCUUUUAUGAUGGAAAAAUAAAUUUGAUAUUGAAUUCUCAAAUUGUUGGUAACGGUAUAUUGUUGGAUGGUUUAUAUAAACUAUCUUUAGAUUGUGAUAAUAUUUCCUCAUCCUUGAAUGUUGAGAGCUCCAUUGCUAAAAGAGAAAAAUUUAAUAAGACCAAUAAGAAGGGUUCAUCUAGAAGUUCAGACCUUUUGGAAAUAAUUCAUACAAACAUUAGUGGCCCCUUUCUCCUACUAUUUAUGGAAAAAUCAGAAGCACUUGAAAAGUUUAAAAUCUUUAAAACUGAGGUUGAAAAGAAACUAGGAAAUGUGAUAAAGGUGGUGCAUUCUGACCGUGGUGGAGAAUAUCCAGGUCGAGCUAAAGGAUACAAGUUCUUUUUUCCUAAUAUAGGUAAUAAAAUUGUGGAGUCCAUGCAUAGAAAAUUUCGUAAGCUUGAGGUUGUUGAGCCUGUCAUUGCAUCUGAUAAUGUUGAUUCUGUUAUACCUGGUGGUGUUACUCCGUCACUUCCUAAUAUUGAUAAUGUUAGAUCAUCCACUCCUCAUGGAGGUUUUGCUCCAAAUGAGAAUGUGGAUGAACAUCCAGUUAAAAAUGUGGUUGGACCACUUGUUAAGAAUGUAGUUGAUCCUUCUAUUGUGGCUGAGGUUGUACAACCUGCUGAGCCAGUCGAGCAAAUUCAUGUUAGAAGUGAGGAUGCUUAUGAUAUUAGUAUUGUCAUUGAUCCUAAAAAUUAUAUGGAAGCUAUUACUUAUUCUCAAUCUAGCAUGUGGGCAGAUGCAAUGCAUGAUGAAAUGAAAUCCAUGAUCAAUAAUGAUGUCUGGGAACUGGUGAAGUUACCAGGAAAUUGUAAGAUGGACAUUAAUACUGAUUUUCUGAAUGGUGAUCUUAAUGAGGAGGUGUACAUGCAGCAGUCUAAGGGUUUUAUGACAAGUGGUAAUGAGCAUUUGGUUAGUAAGUUGAGAAAAUCUAUCUAUGGUUUGAAACAGGCUUCCAGACAAUGUUGUCUUGGUCUACUUCAUGAGACCAAACUUAUGCUAACAAAGUUCUUUGAUAUGAAAGAUCUUGGUGAAGCAUCUUUUAUGUUGGAAAUUAAAAUACACAUAGAUAGAUCACGUGGUGUACUUGGCUUGUCCCAGGGGGCUUAUAUUGAUAGAGUCCUAGAGACGUUCAAUAUGCAUAACUAUAAUCCAUGGGAUAUUCUAGUUACUAAAGGCGACAAAUUCAGUAAAGAUCAAUGUCCUAAAAAUUAUCGAGCUGGCAAAAAUAAAUGGAAAAUCCUUUUGAUAUUACAAUGGGGAACUAAAGAGUAUAUGCUUGUUUUUAGGAGAGUUAACAACUUGGAAAUAGUUGGGUAUACUGACUCUGAUCUUGCUGGGUGUGUUGAUGAUAGAAAAUUUGCUUAUGGUUACAUUUUUAUGUUGGUUAGAGAUUCCAUUACUAAGCCAUUAAAGCUUUACUGUGAUAACAAAGCAGUUGUGCUCUACUCUAAGAAUAAUAAAACUUAUAGCGGUUCUAAGCAUUUGAAAUUGAAGUAUUUGACAAUUAGAGAUCUUGUGAAGAAAAAUGACAUUGUUGUUGGUUACGUUGGUACUUAUUUCAUGCUAGUUGAUCCCCUAACUAACGGACUUAUGCCCAUUGUGUUCAAAAACCAUGUUGAAAACAUGGGCAUUUAUUUGUCAUUGUUUAUUUAUAUGUCAAUUGUUAAAAUUGAGACUCAGUGUCAUUGGAGCCAUCGUGCCUAUUGUGUUUGUGGGGUGAAUAAGUGUAGGAUAUAUGAUGAGGACAAUAGAGCCCGUUCUUCUUACUAUAAGAGUCUUAGUGAGAAGAGACUGAAGGACUGGUAUCAUGGGAAGCCGUAUAGUGCUCAAGCUGACAAAGGGAAGCAGAGGGCUUCAGAUAAGAAAAGGCCAAAUGGGGGAGAGACUCAUGCUUCUAUCAAGAGUUUCAAGUGUGACGAGUUAGGCCACCGUGAAAAUUAA